UAUUCAAACUUCGAGACUGGAGAGUAGUUGGGUUUACCGGGACACCUCGAAGAAAGCCAUUGGGAUCGGCAAGUUGAACACCCAACAAUCAAAAUCACUUCUUUUUUUCUUAAAUGGAUGCUGGGAGACCCCCUUCGAAGCGACCCUUUUGUUUUUUGUUCCCUCUCAACUCGCAAGAAGAAGCACCCAAUCGCACGAACCCAAAAGCAAGAUGCAUCAUUUUCUCUUCCCCCAACUCCGGCUUCCUCUCCUUGUCUCCACAUGCAGCUUCCUGUUCGUGCGCAUGAAGAUAUGCAUUUUUAAUGGGGGUAAGCCUCUUUUGUAAUCACUUGAUGGUGCGAGCUCGCAUGUGAUGCUGCUUUUGGAGGGAGCAAACAGCUCACUAUUCGUUUGCUUAUUCUUCUUCUUCUUCUCUCUCUGCUUCUUGCAAACAAAAAAAAAAAAGUUGCAGAGAGGUGAGAGAAGGAGAAGAGCCCUGUGUUAGGAAAGGUUCCAUCGUCAAUUGUAAAUUAGUUUCUGGAAGUCGUACUUCAGCUUCAGAGGGAGAUCAUGGGUUGGCAAUUGUCCGUACUUGUGGGAAUUCUCAUGUUAGAAGCGAUUCUCGGUCAUGUGGUUGCUGACUUGGUUGAAGACAAGCAAGCUCUGCUGGAUUUUCUCCAAAAUAUUCCUCAUGCACAUACUCUCAAUUGGAACAAGGACUCCUCUGUUUGCCAAUCAUGGACUGGAGUGGCAUGUAAUGCUGAUUCUUCAAGAGUGACUUCCCUUCGAUUGCCUGGAGUUGGAUUCCGGGGUCCAAUACCACGUAACACUUUGAGUCGCCUAUCUGCAAUUCAGAUUGUUAGUCUUAGACUAAACAAUAUCUCAGGUCCUUUCCCUUCUGAUUUUUCGAAUCUUGAAAAUUUAACUGCUCUGUAUCUCCAGUUCAACAGCUUCUCAGGUCUGCUACCACAGGAUUUUUCUGCUUUGAAGAACCUAGCGAUAGUUGAUUUAUCGAAUAAUGGAUUCAGUGGGAACAUUCCAUCUUCAAUGUCCAAUCUGACACAUCUUUCAGCUUUGAAUCUGGCCAACAAUUCCCUUUCAGGUGAAAUUCCUGACCUCAACAUUCCUAGUUUGCAAGAGCUAAAUUUAUCCAACAAUCAUCUCAUUGGAAUGGUGCCUCGGUCACUUCAAAGAUUUCCAAGUGGGGCAUUUGUGGGGAACAAUCUUUCAUCAGAAAUUGCUCCUCCUCCAAUUUCCCCUGUCGAGCCACCCAAUCCUCAGCCAACAAAAAAAUCCUCUAAACUUAGCGAAUCAGCUUUACUAGGUAUUAUACUCGGUGGUUGCGUGCUCGGUUUCGUACUAUCUGCUCUUCUAAUCAUUUUUUGCUACUCUAACCCCGAGAAAGACAACGAGACGUUCUCCAAAAAGCCCCAAAAGAAAGAAGGCUUGGUGAAAAAGAAAGGGGCUGCCGCUGAGAACGGAGACAAGGAUAAGAAGAUUGUGUUUUUCGAGGGUUGUAAUUAUGCAUUUGACCUGGAAGACUUGCUAAGGGCAUCUGCUGAGGUGCUUGGGAAGGGCAUGUUUGGGACAACGUAUAAGGCAGCUUUAGAGGAUGCAACUACCGUGGUAGUCAAGAGAUUGAAGGAUAUUAAUGUGGGUCGAAGGGAGUUCGAGCAGCAGAUGGAGGCGGUCGGGCAAAUGAGGCACGAGAACGUUGCUCCUCUCAGGGCUUAUUACUGUUCAAAGGACGAGAAGCUACUGAUAUAUGAUCACUACAGUCAAGGGAGCGUGUCCUCUGUAUUACAUGGUAGCGGAGGGGAAAAGAGAAUCCUUUUGGACUGGGACAGCAGAAUGCAGAUUGCAAUAGGCGCAGCCAGAGGUCUCGCUUAUAUCCACAUGCAAAACAGCGGGAAAUUUAUCCAUGGAAACUUGAAGGCAUCGAAUGUUUUCUUCAACGUUCAGGGGUUCGGUUGUAUUUCGGACAUCGGUCUAGCAACAAUAAUAAACCCCAUCCCGCCUACAUCCGCAAGGGCUGCAGGCUACCGUGCUCCCGAAGUAACUGACACAAGGAAGGCGUUCCAAGCAUCUGAUGUCUAUAGUUUCGGGGUCCUGUUGCUCGAGCUCCUCACGGGGAAAUCGCCGCUCCAUUCGACCAGCGGCAACGAGUCGAUCCACUUGGUUCGGUGGGUGCAAUCCGUGGUUCGAGAGGAGUGGACCGCCGAAGUCUUUGACGUGCAGCUCUUGAGGUAUCCCAACAUAGAGGAAGAGAUGCUGGAGAUGUUGAAGGUGGGUAUGGCCUGUGCGGUCAUGAGGCCCGAGCAGAGACCCAAGAUGCCAGAGGUAGUAAAGCUGCUGGAAGACAUACAUCGAGGAAGUCACACAAACCGACCAUCCUCGGAGAUUAGAUCGGAGGGGUCUGCUUCACCUGCCGUGAUGGCCGCAGCGGCUGAAAUGGGACAAUCUUCUACGCUGCAACAAUCUCAAAUUGCCGUCUCUUCGGCUAUGCAGUCCCAAACAGAUUCCUCGGCUUCACAGUCUCAAGCAGAACCUCCUGCUGCUGCCCCACAAUGACAUUUAUUAGCUUUUUCCAUAGGUUGUCGUUGUAGCUUUCGUUUCCAGUACAUGCUUCAUUUGCACAGUAGUUUAUUCUGCAAGAU